AUGUACGUAUUUAAGGAACUCACUUCAAAGAUGUAUAACGCUGGAAGGAGAGAAGAGGAGCAAAACCUGAACCAGUCCGGGCAACCGUUCUACAAUCAGGGAUAUCCAGGAGGAGCCAUGUCAGCGUACGGACAACCUGGUUACAAUCCACAAUAUCAGAAUCCUUACCCAGGUGGUGGUGCACCACCGCCUGCUGGGUGGACUCAGGGAACACCACAGCAAGGGUUCAUGCCACCUCCAAUGCCACAUCCAAAUAUGAUGGGAGGUAAUCCACACUAUGCCGAAGGUGGAGAAGCCGAUAAGUACAAUCUUCAGUUCAGUGACCGCACGAUUCGUGCAGCAUUCGUACGAAAAGUCUUCUUCCUGGUGGCUAUCAUGCUUGGCGUAGUGGCCUUGAUGACUGCGGUCCCAUUUUUCAACCCAGAAACGAAACUGUAUGUAGCUAGAAAUAUGGGGAUGUACUGGGCAGCAUAUGGUGUAUUCUUCGUUGUGUAUUUGACGCUGAUGUGCUGCGAGGGAGUCAGGCGCUCAUUCCCAGCUAACAUCAUCUUGACGGCAGUUUUCACUCUUGCUGUCGGUUACAUGACGAUGAUGAUCACUGUUCAUCACGAUGUCGUUACUGUGCUGCUUACUCUCAUCAUCUGCACCAUCUGCUGCGGAGCAGUCAUUAUCUUCUCCAUGCAAACCAAAUACGACUUGACGAACAUGAUGGGACUUAUGUUCAUUCUUUCGAUGUGCCUUUUGGUAUUCGGGAUGGUGGCAAUGAUCUCGGCUAUAUUUUUCCAUGUGAGAUUCAUAUAUCUGGUGUAUGCUGCACUAGCAUCGUUGCUGUUCAUGUUCUACCUGGCCAUUGAUGUGCAACUGCUGAUGGGAGGCCGCAAAUAUGAGAUCUCACCUGAGGACCAUAUUUUCGCCGCAGUACAGAUCUUCUUGGACAUCGUCUACAUCUUCUGGAUGCUGUUGUCAUUGUUUGGAUCGAGCAACAGGGAUUAAAACCGAAUUUGGAACGAAUCAAAUCGUCAAAAAUCGAUAUUCGAUUAUAUUGGGCAUUAACUUCGGUUUUUGAUAAGUGUUAUCUAUGUUAAUACCAUCUUUGUGUGCAUCUGGUCUGUAUCAUACAUCGUAGUAGAAUUUCUGCACACCUGCUGUAGGGGAGUUAUCCACAAUUCGGUAUAGCUUUAUCUCGUGCAGGUGUGCAGUAGUUCUUGCCAUGUAUUCUAGCAUGCUAACGUUCAUGCCGCCUGUUGUUACGAGCACUUGGGAUGUCGAUUGGUGAAGGUUCCUAAUGCUUUGUGUUUCAUCGGGAGGUUAGGGAUGAAGCAUCUGCUUUUUGUAGUAUAUAGGCUACCGUCUCUCCCGUUCUCCUCUAUCUUCUCUCAGUAUUAGAGCUUCGCGUCACAAGCUUUAUUUACCAUCUUUUCACGCUUUCCGUUUUCAAGCUAUCACCUGCUUUACAAUUUCACAAACAAAAUGGGCGGUGUUUUCCACUGCGCUGGCUUACUCUCGUAUC